AUGUCAGCUGCAAAAACCGAUACAAAAGCAACAGGUUCUAAAGAUGCUACGGCAGCACCACCAAAUAACGAUCAAAAUUUCAAUGUGUGUCUUAUGCCAACGAAAGAGGCGAUUGAAGCAACGCCUGGCACUCCCCUCACAAAAGAAGAGUUGGCUCGACUACAAGCUGAGGGUCAACUACCAAAAGGAAUAGAAGCUAAUCAAUCAGCUACAAUGCAUAACAUGAAAAUCGGAGACCAAGAUUUUGUUGUU